AUGGCGGAAACCAAUGCGAAGACCGAUGUGCGGCCGGUGCCCAGAGACUUGAAGAUGCUCUGCGCCAUCUUGUCAAUGCACACUCUGUCGGCGGGCUUCAUUCAGUCGUUUGUGCAGGCGAUUUUUGCUUCGAAUCUGUUCAUUGGCAGUGUGGUGGCCGUGGUUGGGGGCUGCAUCACUCCUGCUGGAAUCUACCUGGUAAAGAAGUUGACGAGCUGUCUCUCACCGAAGGCAGCCCUGAUAACGAUAGUUGGUGCCUCUGUCUUCGGCCUCUUCAUGGCUUUGACAAUUGACCAUUUCUUCGUCAUGAUUUGGGGCUUCGUGACUGGAUCCAUGUCCAUGCAGCUCAUGCUGCAGUAUGUGUCC